CGUCAGUCAGUCAGUCAGUCAGCGCGAGAACGCCGAGAAGCGAGCAAGCUUCUAGCUGCUUCUUGCGCGCGGCAGGGCUGGCUCUGCGUCGCUCUGCGUGCACUCCGCAUCGUGCAGCUCGUGCCGCGGCCGACGGGCAGGCACUAUCUCUGGAUACGACAGGCUCUCCUAGUUAACAAUGGCAAGCCACCAGGGAGACCGCUAUGCGGACAAGACACCACAGGAGGGAGUCGUCAAUGCAGCAAUGUUUGCAGAUGAGAAUACAAACCUCUCACCCUCUGCCAAACAGACUUACUUUAAGGACCAUCAGAUUCUUAUUCCGGAUUCCGAAACGAAAGGGUUCAGCUUCAGGAAGCUAUGGGCUUUCACGGGUCCUGGUUUCUUGAUGAGCAUAGCUUAUCUGGAUCCUGGCAACAUUCAAUCAGAUUUAAAGUCUGGCUCAACAGCUAUGUAUAAGCUGCUAUGGGUACUUCUGUCUGCCACUCUAUUAGGACUGUUGAUGCAGAGGUUAUCUGCUAGGCUGGGAGUUGUGACUGGAUUACAUCUUGCUGAGAUGUGCUUCAGACAGUAUCGAAAAUUACCCAGACUACUGGUUUGGAUAAUGAUAGAGGUCGCCAUUAUCGGCUCUGAUAUGCAGGAAGUCAUAGGAACAGCAAUAGCUUUGAAUCUGCUAAGUAACUCACUAAUUCCUUUGUGGGCUGGAGUGCUGAUCACAGCAGUGGAUACCUUCACAUUCCUGCUGUUAGACAGAUAUGGACUGCGGAAAUUGGAGUUGCUUUUUGGAAUUUUGAUCAGUGUGAUGGCAAUUGCUUUCGGAUAUGAGUAUGUUGUUGUUGCCCCUAAUCAAAUUGAAGUUUUGAAGGGAAUGUUCAUUCCGUGGUGUGAAAAUUGUGACAGCAGAGCUCUUCUCCAAGCUGUGGGUAUUAUUGGUGCUGUCAUAAUGCCUCAUAAUAUGUAUCUUCACUCUGCUCUUGUAAAGUCUCGUGAUGUGGACAGGAAGAAACCUGAAAAAGUGAAGGAGGCAAAUCGCUAUUUCUUCAUUGAAGCCUGUAUAGCUUUAUUUGUCUCCUUUAUUAUUAAUGUGUUUGUUGUCUCUGUCUUUGCUCAUGGGCUCUAUGACAAAACUAACUAUCAAGUGCAUAAUGUAUGUGUUGCCAGUGGAAAUGACAUGGCUGAUAUCUUUCCGAAAGAUAACGAGUAUGUAGAUGCUGACCUAUACAAAGGAGGUGUCUUUCUUGGAUGUCAAUUUGGUAUAGCAGCCAUGUACAUUUGGACCAUUGGCAUCCUAGCAGCUGGGCAGUCAAGCACAAUGACAGGCUGCUACUCUGGACAGUUUGCCAUGGAAGGAUUUUUGAAUCUUCAGUGGGCUAGAUGGAAAAGAGUGCUACUCACACGAACUGUGGCUAUUGUCCCCACAUUCUUCGUAGCUUUCUACAGCCAAAUAAAUGACAUGAAUGACAUGAAUGACUACCUAAACUCCAUCAUGAGUCUUCAGUUGCCAUUUGCCCUGAUUCCUACCAUAGCCUUUACAAGUAGUAAGGCAAUCAUGGGGGACUUUGCCAAUGGAACUCUGACAAUAAUUGCCUCCUUUCUACUUGCUGCUGUUGUUAUUGGAAUCAAUACAUAUUAUGUUGUCCAGCUUGUCAUUGAUCAAUUCAGCACCAACUAUGCAGUGAUUGCAGGAGUGCUCAUUUUUGGUGUGUUUUACCUUUUGCUCUGUCUGUACUUGUUCCUGCAUAUGAUGGCCACCUUAGGUUUCUGCAAGAGUUUUUCUAACAGUAGUUUUGUGGAGAAGUACAUCUGUUCUUCAGCAACCUCCAAUUUUAUUCUCAGCAAUCAGUCAAAUUAUUCAAGGUCUGAUGAAGAGCUCUCAGUUGCAAAAGAAUGAUUUUUCAACACGAAGUCGUUUGAGUCUUUUUUAGGGUUCAUUGCAUGUGAUUUAUUUUAUUCAUUUAUUGCAUGUUUAAGAAACUGCAAUACUAGAAAGGUUUUGACAUGAGAUAAUCAUCUUAUGGUUUUAAUUUAUUUACUUUCACAUUGGUGCAUUGCACUUAAUACCAAACAUGUUUUUGUAAACAGUAUAUUGUUUUCAAUCUAUAUAAUGGCCUCUUAGGCUAGCAAACAAUAUCCAAUUCAAGGAAGAGUUGCAGAUCUCCUGUAUAGCUUUUAUAUCUGUCACAAAAUUCUUUAAUUCAUUCAAAUUUUCUUAAUCAUCAGCAUGAUGAACCCAGUUUGUGCGUAUUGACACUAGGCAGACUUUCAACUUAGCAUGCGUAUACCCCCACAGUUUUGUUUUGAGAUCUUUAGACUGUUGUGGGCUCAUUGUAAUUGAAUUUUAUAACUAAUUUAACUAAAGUGGGCUGCGUGCUAGGUGCCCAUCAAUAUGUGCCAUUUUUAUUGAAUAUUUUUAAAUUCUCAAUUUAUUUACAAUGGUUGUGUUCUAUUUGUGUUCUAUUGUGAUAAUUUCUUAUAGUAUCGAUUGAUUUUUACCACAGGCAAGGAAAUUACAUAGAAAGGAUUAAUAUGGUUGUGUAUUAUUUUGUAGUUUGGAACUUGUGAGCAAGUCAUGUAGGCGAUCUCAUACUUGAUCUCAUUUUGUAGCUGUAGGCUUAUGCAAUUUAGUUGCUUCUUAGUAUUAUUAUUUUUACUUCUUUUUUGUUGAAGUCAAGAACAUUAAAACAAUAAACAAACAUU